AUGUUCGUGCAAGACUACAAAGAGAGAUUUGAGUAUUUGGCUCGUUUCUAUACUCAGAAUAUGAGUGAGGAUUGGAAGUGCAGGAGGUUCGAGCAAGGAUUGCGCCACCAUCUUUUGAAGGCACUUGUUCACCUGAAGAUUAAUGAAUUUCCAGAGUUAGUGGAGCAGGCCACGAUAGNUGAGAGAUUGGAUGAGUCUGGGCGUGUCAUGAGGAACCAGAAGGGCAACUUUUCCAAGGGCAAGCANCACAAGAAACCCUACGAGAGGCCACAGCAGUCUAGGCCAGGUUUGUUGAAGUGCUUUGAGUGCGGCGGAGAUCACAUCCGAAGAAAUUGUCCAAAGCUGAGUGGCGUCAGGAAUGAGGUGAGAACGUGUUUCACAUGUAACAAGCCUGGGCAUAUCUCUCUUAAUUGCCCUGAGAAGAAGUCAUUUGGUGGAACGCCUCAGAAGUCAACUAAUGGUGGAAACCCGCAGGCUGCGGGCAGAGUGUUUGCCAUGUCGGGAGCAGAAGCCGAGAAGUCAGGUAACCUGAUACUUGAUACUUGUUCUUUGUUUGGCAGAAAUGUGCAUUACCUGUUUGAUUCGGGUGCGACACACUCGUUUAUAUCAUUGUUUUGUGUGGAGAAUCUUGGACUCUCUAUGUUUGACUUGGGGUGCGAGCUUGUUGUCUCUACGCCAACGUCCGGACAAGUUUCAACCAGUUCAGUCUGCGUUGGGUGUCCAAUCGAGGUGGCAGGUCACAAGUCCAGAGUCAACUUGGUGUGCUUACCGCUUGAAGGUCUGGACGUGAUCUUGGGGAUGGAUUGGUUAGCUGAUAACCAUGUGAUGAUUGACUGCGGACGUCAGAGGNUAGUCUUCCAAAAACCAGAAGGCAUUGAAAUGUCAACAUCAAAGGAAGUGGUACGAGAUCUCAAGGGUGGNGCUGUUUGCUUUAUGUUGAUAGUGAAAGAACAAAAGAAGAGCAUAGAUGAGCUGAUAAAUGGAAUACCUGUGGUCGAGGAAUAUGCUGAUGUUUUUCCUGAGGAGGUACCAGGUUUACUGCCGAGUCGUGAAGUAGAAUUUGCAAUAGAUUUGAUGCCAGGUGUAGGGCCAAUAUCAGUAGCUCCGUAUCGUAUGGCUCCAACGGAGUUAGUAGAAUUGAAGAAGCAGAUUGAAGAUUUGUUAGAGAAGAAAUUCAUUAGACCAAGUGUGUCUCCUUGGGGUGCGCCGUUGAAAGGAGCUGGAGUGUUUUCAAAGAUUGAUCUUCGGUCAGGAUAUCAUCAAAUUCUUGUCAAGCCAGAUGAUGUGCAGAAGACGGCGUUUCGCUCACGCUAUGGGCACUACGAGUAUGUUGUAAUGCCUUUCGGUGUGACGAAUGCUCCAGCUAUAUUCAUGGAUUACAUGAAUCGUAUCUUUCGUUCUUGUUUGGAUAAGUUUGUCGUUGUAUUCAUUGACGAUAUUCUUAUCUACUCGAAGAACCGAGAGGAACAUGCUGAACAUCUGCGGAUAACAUUGGAGAUUUUAAGGGAGCACCAAUUGUAUGGUAAGCUAUCAAAAUGCGAGUUUUGGUUGAGUGAAGUUCAAUUCCUUGGUCAUGUGAUAUCUGCUCAAGGAAUAUCAGUCGACCCAGCCAAGAUUGAAGCUGUGUUGAAAUGGGAACGUCCUACAUCGGUGACUGAGUGCGAAGCAAGUUUCAAAGAUAUGAAGCAAAGGUUGACCACCGCUCCAGUGCUAAUUAUUCCAGAUACAGACAAGGCUUUUGAGAAGAUACACGAGAGGAAUUAUCCGACACAUGACAUUGAGUUGGCAGCUGUAGUGUUUGCUCUGAAGACUUGGCGUCAUUAUUUGUAUGGGGCGAAGUUUCAGGUUUUCAGCGACCAUAAAAGUCUGAAAUACCUGUUUGAUCAGAAAGAGUUGAGAUUGGGUAUAUGGGGUUGA